CUGUACCUUACCUCCUCCAGGCGCGGGGUGGGCUUGCACCGGGGCAGGUCACUAUUACCUGGUAUGCCUGGAUAUCCGCCGCUGCGCCGCAGGUAUCGAGCUCGAUCAAAAGUAUGCCACAGUUCCAUCUGGCUCAUCUCACUUCAUCAAUCCCACGCGAAUGCGACUGUUGUUCAUCUGUCCGAAUUUACGCGUCGCGUUUCUUUCCAUUCUGCCCACUCACGUCGAUGUGCAUAUGCUCCUCCUCGCAUACUCCCUCGGCCAAUUGUCGUCGCUCCUUCUGUUGCCUCUAGGCCGCCAGAGUCACUGACAUGUUCAUGAUGUCUGUCUCCGUUCGUUUUCAGACUGGUCAUCUGCUCCACCGUCAGCGAGAGAUCCCUGCUAGGUGGCGGGAAUCCCUGCAAGGCCUCAGCUUCUUCGAUCCCACGACUUGCCGACCCGGGCCAUUUGUUUACUAGCGCUUUGCAGUUGGCCAUGCUCAGUCCUCUUCGAGUCGUACUUCGUGUCCUGGCCGUUACUGUCCAUCCUCGGUCCGCAGAACCCACGAUGUGAACAUCCUCCGGGGCUGCAAGCUUCGCAGUCUCAGGAGCCACAGCAUUGGGUUUGCGAUAGAAGACGAGCAGGAAGAGCAAUUGCUAGAUGAACAAAGAUCUGUGGGCGGCGCUACCGUUGACCAUCAGACCCUCGAUCAUUACUACCUUUAGGUUCCCAAUGCUGGUCUGAAGAUCCUGCAUCGCCCCUCCUCGGCCGGUGGCAGCCUGUCCCUAUGGAGCGAGCACGACUCAAAGUAGAGCGUGGUUUCUCUCCCACGACAUCUGAUGACCAUCCUUCAAGCCUGCCGAACGGAUGACUGCUCUAGUUCUAGGCACAUUCUCGUUCUGGAAGGGUUUUGCCACAAUCUGACUGGGUAAUUAAGUCGACAUAACCUGAUUCCAUCCAUUCAUCCUCGUCAAAGAUCGGUCGACCCCGGUACACACGAGCCAUUGAACGCUUCGGCCAGCGCGGAAUGAGCCCUGCUCAGGUCAUACUAGUCUCCGUUAAGCAUCUUUCCUCCAUGCCAGCCUGGUGCACGGUUGCAUUCACUCCUCUUUGCCUCGACCUUCCCGUGGCACCCGCCCGCCUCAGGUCAACUUGGUUGUCACCUUCGCAAAUGGGAUGGUUUUGGCCGAAACCACCCUUUUCGCGUCAUGCCGGCGGCGCAGCGGCCCAGCAUUAGCGAGCGGGCGCCUCAUUCAGGCGGUCUUCGAUCGGAGACGCGUGGUCUGCCCAGUGAGCAGCCAACUUGAAGAUAGUACAGUCGUGCCUUUAGGUAUCUCAAUCUAGGUAAGGUCAACACGAGCCCACCAUCACAAGUUUGAGCGGCCUGUGCCAAUUCCAUGACGUUUCCAUGAAUGGCCUGGUUCCUCUUCCUGGGUCUCGUGGUUCGCUUUCAGUGGUAUCCAUAACACGCUCAUGGCUGCUAAUCUUGCCUGGGCCGUGCGUUGCCGCUGGGUACGGCAACCCGCACGGCGACGAUGAUUCAUCUUUCCAAAUGGACAUGCCAACCGCCCCCUGGCAACCAGCCUCGUGUUUCUGGAUUUUUCAGGCUAACACGGGGAACGAACCCGAUGUCUUGUGCCAUUUGGUCUCUCGAGAGGUUCAGGGAGACAAUACGAUGCCAGUCUCGUCAUUAUCAUAUCUGAACAACUGCGAAUUGGAAUCUCGCAUUGUCACAAGGAAACUGAUGCAGCUUUCGGCGUACCCCUGCUAUAGCAAUAAUGGCAGCAAAGUCACUCAUACUCCGAACACCAUGGACUUUUAAGACGACCCGGCCGCAAGAUCUGCAGUCAAUAGAAGGAGUCAGCUCACGUCCAUCAGCGUAACUGUGGCCUGCUGGCUCAGAAAGACAGUGCUGAUCACAUUUACGUCUCGAGCUAUCUCUGUCCGCCUCACCUCUUGGAGAGCAACGGCGAGGAAAUGCCGGGGCAUCAGUAAAACGAUCGACAGGAUUGGUGCGUAGGAUGCCUUGGUUUGAAAAUGCUCGCCUAUUCACGAUGCACUCGGACGACAAAGGCUAGCCCUGUCUCACCGGCGCGCCACCUGUUUGGUUGUUACAUAGAGGGAACGUACCUAAGCAACAGCGAAUGCGUUGCCUUGCAAGAUGAUACUGUUGCUUACCAGGAACGCCACGAUCUGUGCUAUGCUUCUACCGACAAUUGGAAUCUGAACCGACUGACAGGAGCUCCUUUGUCCCUCAAGCCGAACAUGAUGCGUACUCACCGGGCGUCGAGCGGUGCUACAGGGCAGGCUUGCAUUGAUCAUGUUACACUGACCACCUGGGCGCCUGACGGACGAGGGAGAGAGAUUGUGUACCUAUGCGUCUGUCCAGUGUACACCCCCACACACUAGCUGUUCGGCCCGCCCCUGGCUGAUAUGUGCAUCGCAAGCUGGGAAGCAUACCUAGAUACCUUGUCGAUUAAUGGUGGUGUACUACUACUGCAAAACGCUGUAUCUUGGUGCUUCACGGCGCGUUGAUCGCAUACUGGUUCGUCAGAAACCCGUCUUGGACCACUGCGGCCGACGAUCGGCGGCCCCCAAAGUUGAUUGAUUGUCUGGGGUUUCAGGGAUCCAGGAUGUUGCGGUUGGCACGCACCGUGACGCACAAAGAUUCGAACACACAUUUUCUGCGGCCGCCCGUGGCACCUCGGGCAGAUCGAUGCGAGCCGCGGUUGCAGCAGUUCAUGCUGGUGGCAGCCGCAGCCUGUACUUUGCCCUUGACGUUCGACGACAACAUGUAUCAGAUGUAUCAAAUGCCAGCUCAAGUCACGGUGCGCAAAGUUAUUUGAAACCAUCAAUGCAACACCUUGCACUCACAACUUGAAACACGGUGGUGGAUUGAGUAUGCAUUACGGUACAUCCUCGGCCACUUAUACUCAUGUCGCAUGUCACGUUCUCUAACAUGAACACCUGUUCGUGCCUCUGCACCUCAUGGCUGGUAUCAUAAGUCUUGGUCAAGCAAGGAAUCCCAUAUCAGCCUUGAAUGUCUCUCACGCAGUUAUGUCCUUAUCCGUGGUACCCAUCAGGCUCCCCGACUGCGCAAUAGUAACGACCUAGGUAUCAAAAGUGGGCGAUCGACGAGGAGGAUUGUACCCCUGGACUUUCUUGCAUUCUGCACCGCUACGGUACAUCGUGCAUGUUGUUACCCAGGUACCAGGCGCUAUGUUACCAGGCACCGGUAGGCGGUAUGUCGGGGAUCUAAUUGUGGCUGCAGUGUGACACGAUCGAGGCGAUCGCAAUCUUGUACGACGGCCACGACUGCCACGACGUCCUCUUCACACCCCUUUUCUGACUCAUUUCAAGAGUAAACAUUAAUUCAAUGGCUAUGGCCCCGAGCAUUCGCGCAAGGGGAACAACCCUAUGAUGGGUUGAGUAAAGGAUUCAUGAUCGCAAGCGUCAGUCCGCCACCGUGGGAAUUCCAUUCACUAUCACCCAGUUCAUUGUGCGCCAACGUUCCUCAGCUGUCCUUUUUAUCAAAUCCCCUCGCACCGCUCGGAAACACGCUGAAGCUG